AUGGGUCUGUCUAACCACUGGGUUAAACUCAUAAACCAAUGUGUUUCUACUGUCUCAUACUCUGUCCUUCUUAAUGGUAUCCCAACUGGUUUUUUCCAACCUAAAAGAGGGCUUAGACAGGGAGAUCCUCUUUCUCCCUAUCUUUACAUCAUUUUCUCUAAAGCUCUAUCUUCCUACAUUGAUAAGUCUACAAAAGAACGGAAGACUCCUGAACAUAGAAAAGCUCUUUUGGCUAACAUUUUAGAAAUUCAGAGCAGGGGUUUAGGAGAAAAAUAUCUUGGUACUCCUACUGUGUUUCAAGCAUCUAAAAUCCAGAUUCAUAUGGGUAUUCUCCAAGCUGUUGAUGCCAAAAUCUCUAUCUGGCUUCAUAAGCUCUUAUCCCAAGCUGAUAAAACUACUCUAAUUAAACACAUUGGCCAGGUUAUCCCCCCUUUUCAAAUGGGAGCCUUUCUAAUAUCUAAGCAUCUUUGUAAAAAAAUGGAUUCGUACCUCUGCAAAUUCUGGUGGGGGGAAACUUUAGACCCAAAAGAUAGAAAGUUGCAUCUGCUUGGCUGGGACAUUUUAUGCUCCCUCAAAGUUGAAGGUGGUUUGGGCUUUAGGAAGGCUGAAUUAAAUAAUCUGGCUAUGCUUGCUAGGAAUGCCUAG